ACUCUCUCUAGUUAGUUAUCUCCACCACGUGAAAAUGGCAGUCCUCUGCAUUACCGCUCUAAUACUCUCUCUCUUAACAAUAACUAAUGCACAAGUCUUCCAGACGGGACCAUGGCAAUCCGCUCACGCCACUUUCUACGGCGGCAGCGACGCCUCCGGCACCAUGGGUGGAGCUUGUGGAUAUGGAAACUUGUAUAGUCAAGGAUAUGGAGUGAAUACGGCGGCGUUAAGCACGGCGUUGUUCAACAAUGGUUUGAGCUGCGGUGAAUGUUUCGAGAUGAAAUGCACUGAUUCGAGAUGGUGUUUACCUGGAAAUCCUUCGAUAUUCAUCACCGGAACGAAUUUUUGUCCACCAAACUUCGCUGAAGCUUCGGAUAAUGGUGGAUGGUGUAAUCCACCUCGUCCUCAUUUCGAUCUUGCUAUGCCUAUGUUCCUCAAGUUUGCCCAAUAUCGCGGUGGCAUUGUCCCCGUCAACUAUCGUCGAGUUCCUUGUGCGAAAUCAGGAGGAAUAAGAUUCACAAUCAAUGGAUUUCGUUACUUUAACCUAGUUCUGAUCACGAAUGUCGCUGGACCUGGUAACAUAGUGAAAGUUAGUGUUAAAGGAUCUCGAACUCAAUGGAUGGCGAUGAGUCGUAAUUGGGGGCAAAAUUGGCAAUCGAAUUCCAUUCUCACCGGUCAAGCUUUGUCGUUUCAAGUCACUGCCGGCGACGGCAGCGUCUGCACCUCCUAUAAUGUGGCGUCUUCCAAUUGGCAAUUUGGACAGACUUACCAAGGAAAUAACUUCCCCCACUGAUUCAAAACUCAUAAGGAUUAAGGGUAAAAUAGUAAAAUUUGAAGCUUUAUUUGUUGGGUGAGUAGGGUAAAAUUGAAAAUGGGUAUAGGAUGGUGAAAAGAAAACCCUUUGUUUUUGUUGUGUUUGGUAUUCACUUUUUACCUUAAAUUAAUGAGGGAAAAAAACAAAAAAAUAAAUUGAGAGCUGAGGCGGCUGCAGUAAAAGAUGAUAAUGCUAAAAAGCAUGCAUGUUGUAGCCCGCAGUUUGAGUUUUUAUGGUUUCCUAUUAUGAUUGUUUUUUUUACUGUUACAGCGUGUAAUUGUCGUAAGGAAGAGAUUUACUCUUAAUUUUCUAUAUAAUAAUAUACGUGGCCAGUUUGUUUGUGUGCAA